AUGAAGGUAAUAGAUAAACCAGUGAAGGCUAUAAAACUACAAGAUUUCAAUGAUCUCAUAAGCAAAACCCCCGGUAGCUUCUCAGAGUUGCCUACGAUAUUAAGACUACGCGUUGAUGGCUGCACCGUCGCUGGAGAUUGCGAUUUGGAUGGCAACGAGAGAUAUAGCCUAUACGUGACAGAUAAGGAGCUCUGCAUUUAUUCGGAUAGCCUGCAGAAGGGUAUCUCCCUUGACUACCCUUCAAUCAUGCUCCACGCUGUCAGUAUAUCAACAAACUCAAUCUUUUGCCAGAUUGACGAACGUACGGAGAAUGUAGAUGAUUUUGAGAGUAAAGAUAUGCAUAUACAUCCACCAGAAACAUCACAAUUGCAAGAAAUAUAUGAUCAGCUCAGCUAUUGCGCUAAUUUGCAUCAAAAUAAGUUCCCUACCGAUGAUAAUGAUAAUGACGACGGUGAAGAUGCCAUGUUUGAAGAUGGCGUUGAGUUGUCAACCACCGGCGCUGCUAAUCUAGCCAGAUUGGACGAUAUGUUAGAAGAGCAAGACAAACACACUGACAAGAAACAAAAGCAAUAGAUUAUUUAUCCAUAAGUGUAACUCUAAUACAAUCAAGAUAACCACUAUUAUCAG